AUGGACGAGCACAACCACGAGCUUGCCCCGGCGAUGUUCACACAUCUCCUUCCCAGUCACCGGAAGAUGAGUGAUGGCGACAAGGCACAAGUGGAUAGUUUCAAACAGUUUGGGAUCGCAACAUCGAAAAUAAUGGCUUACAUGGCUGGGCAGUCUGAUGGAUAUGGCAUGCUUCGAUUUACGAAGCAGGAUUUGUAUAAUUAUGUGCAUGGGCAAAGGGUUGUGCGAAUAUGUGAUGGUGAUGCAGCAGCAACUAUCAGUUACUUGGAGGGCAAGGCGAAUGCGGACAUGAUGAUGGUCGCAUGCUACACACGGACUGAAGAUAAUUAUUUGGGUAGCCUAUUUUGGAUGGAUGGUGAGAUGAUGUCAGAUUAUCAGGUCUUUGGUGAUGUCUUAGCAUUCGAUUCAACGUAUCGUUCUAACAAGUAUAGGAAGCCGCUGGUGGUUUUCUCUGGUUCAAACCGCCACAGACAGACAUGCAUAUUCGGGUUCGCGCUACUGGAGGAUGAAGAGGUUAGAACUUACCGGUGGGUGUUGUUGAACCUGCUGGAUGUUAUGGGACAGAAGAAGCCCUGUGUAGUGGUGACGGAUGGGGAUAAGACGAUGCGUGCUGCAAUUGCGGAGGUGAUGCCGAGCGCGACGCAUAGGCUGUGCGGGUGGCACCUGGAGAAGAACUGCGUCCAAAGGGUUAAGGACACAGAAUUCCGCAAGGUUUUUAAGAAAGCUCUGUAUGCAAAUUUUGAAAUUGGCGACUUUGAAGAGUAUUGGAAGACAUUGGUUGAGUCGCUUGGCCUACUUGAUAAUAGCUGGGCAACGGCCUACCUGAGGGGCACCUUCUGUGCGGGAUACAGGACUACUUCAAGAUGUGAAGGCAUAAAUGCUUUUGUUACCUAG